GCGCGGCUCCGCUGCGGCCCCGCAGCUCCCUCCGCACAGCCCCGGCUCUGCUGCGGCCCCGCAGCUUCUCACAGCCCCGCACAGCCCCGGCUCUGCUGCAGCCUCCCGCAGCUCCUCACCGCCCAAGGACCGUCAGGAAGCAGCCCGCAGAAUGCUGCCCCGAGAGCUCCUCUCCCUGCUCACGCUGCUGCUCUGUGUUUUCAGGGCUUCUGGCUCUGUGGUGGAUGAAGACGAUGACUACGAGCUCAUGUACGUGAACCUGGAUAAUGAAAUCGAGGGUCCAGCCCCUGCGACUGAGGAAGCUGCUUCGUGCGACUGCCAGCGGGAGCACAGCAAGUGGGACAAGCUGUUCAUCAUGCUGGAGAACUCGCAGAUGAAGGAGAACAUGAUGCUGCAGGCUCUGGAUGAGCUCCCCAGGCUGGAGCUGCAGACCCUGAAGGCAGAGCUGAGCCAGCUGGCCACCACCCUGGCGGGCACCUUCGCCACUGUCACCUCCCACGUGGUGUCCCAGGUGGAGCAGGAGCUGGCGAGGAGCAGAGACCAGGCUGAGGAGGCCAGGAGGCUGCAGGACUCGGAGCAAGGGAAGGUUCUGGAGCACAUCCUGCAGCUGAGCCACAACGUGUCGCUGAGGCUGGGCUGGCUGGAGAGCGCCUGGCGCCGCAGGGCCGAGCAGCAGGCGCAGGAAACAGCUCUGCAGCAGCACAAACUGGAUGCCAGCACAGGGGACAGCCUCAUCCUGAGCUCAGUGUGGAAGGAGCUGCAGCAGACCCGGGCUGAGCUGAGGGCGUCACAGCAAUGGGCAGCUCAGCACCUGCUGCCAGCAGGCUGUGAAACCGCAAUUCUGUUCCCCAUGCGCUCGAGGAAGAUCUUUGGGAGCGUCCACCCAACCUCUGGAAUGACCCUGAGCUCCUUCACUGCCUGCAUCUGGCUCAAGGUGACCGAGGCCUUGGACAAAACCAUCGUGUUCUCCUACGGAACCAAGUUCAACCCCUAUGAAAUCCAGCUGUACCUGAGCCGGGCCGCGGCCGUGCUCGCCGUGGGCGGCACCCAGCACAAGCUGGCUGCCACAAAUGUGGUUGUUCCUGGCAAGUGGCUCCACCUGUGCGGCUCCUGGAGCUCAGAGAAUGGAUCUGCAUCCCUGUGGGCACAGGGGGAGCUGGCAGCCAGCGCCUGGGACGUGGCUGGGGCUCACACCAUCCCCGACGGGGGCAUCCUGCAGCUGGGCCAGGAGAAGAACGGCUGCUGUGUGGGAGGGGGGUUUGAUGAAGCUCUGGCCUUCUCGGGGAAGCUGACUGGCUUUAACCUGUGGGACCGAGUGCUCAGCCCCGCCGAGGUGACAGCUCAGAGCACGGGGGACACCUGUGGCACCCGGGGCAACGUGGUGGGCUGGGGGGUCACCGAGGUGCUGCCCUACGGAGGGGCCCAGUACGUGUCCUAAAGCUGGGGGCUGCACAGGAAUGGAUUGCACAGAGCUGAACAGCAACAUUGAAACAGCCAGAGCUGCAGGAGCCCCUGCCUCUGGAAUUCCCAAGGAACAUCAGCCCUGCAAAGUGACAGAAAGAGGCACUGUGGAGAUGGGAGUGAUCUCUGCCUGCUGUCCUGGAGAAACCCUGAAAACAGCCACACACCAAAGCAUGGCAUUGGGAAAGCUGUUCCUGGGUCAGGCAGCUCCGUCUCUCCAGUGCAGGGUUCUCUGAUGUAUAAAAUGAGGGUCACCGUGGACAUUCAGGAGCCAAAUGGAGCUCCCAACAUCCCUGCUGAGGAAAAUCUGACCUGGCUCUGAAAACAGAGCAGCUGUGGCUGCCCCUGGAUCCCUGGCAGUGCCCAAGGCCAGGCUGGACACUGGGGCUUGGAGCGCCUGGGACAGUGGAAAGUGUUCCCGCUGGAUGAGCUUUAAGGUCCAUUCCAACCCAAACCAUUCCAGACUCCCUCCAAUCCUUGGGUUCUAUAGUGUUAAUGUGAAUUUUACAGAGGAAUCAAAUCAAGAAGUGUGUUGUCUAUUAAUCGUUGUUAGUAAUGUGUAGACUCUAAGAAAGUUAGUUCCUUGUUUAAAGCAUUAUUUGUGCCACAGAUUGAUAUAAAAAUAAUAUUCCCCAUCAUAAUCUGAUAUGACAUUGGGAGGAAAUGCAGCUGUAUUAUAUUGUACAUUGACUUUGUGAUAAUUUUAUUGAAAUUAUUUUUGUAAAGUUGUUUUGUAAAUAAAGAUACUUUACUAGACUAAAA